UCUCCGCCCUAUUUCUUCCUCUUAUCUUUCUGUCACUCUGCACACAAGUCCCCUCUUCCUCCUCCUCCCCGCCCCGCCUCACUCGAUGUUCCGCGCUGCCGCCUGAGGAGACCGAGGAGAUUUUCGCCUUUUUUUCACGAGGGAGGUGCUGCUGCUGCUGGGAGGAAGCAAUCUCGUGAGGCAACAACAGGCGUAAAGCAAGCAAAAAAAAAAGUGGGAAGAUAAACCAGAGGUGAUCAAAUGGCAGCUGAGUCUUCCGUUCCACAAACCGCCUCCUCUGAAUCGGUUGCUCACAAGAUGGGCUUCUUCCGAGUCCCUGACCUCCUUGUCAAGCUGAGCACCAAAUGUCUGAUUGAACUGGACGCCGUCCGCAGUCCAACAUCACCCCUGGACCUCAAGCUCUUCACAGGCCUGGCAACCAAGUCACCCAGGUCAUCUUUCCUUGAUGCCGGUGCAGCCAGCCAGAACCAGAAGAUCUUGCUGGGGGACAGGGUUGGGCUUGGACUGGUUGACUCUCUCAGUGAUGAGAACCCCUCGCCGCUGGGCAGCAGGAAGGUUCUUCUUGGGUCUAAGAUGAGGAUCACUGACAGCUUAACCCGCAAGAACAGCUCCACUGCUCCUAUGCAGCCUGGAGUGGUCGAACUGAAGGAUGAGAACAUGAGUGAUGGGCUGAACGGCAGUUUCAUGUCCCUUGAUGACAUUGUCAACUCGGAGGACUACACCUGUGUUGUUUCUCGCGGUCCUAACCCUAGAACUACCCACAUUUUUGGAGAUCGUGUCUUUGAGUUUCAAGGUGAGCAGCUGAUGCCUGGUGAGGGUGGCUGUGAGGAUACUCUGGUAUCUCCUCUGAAAGGGGAUAAUACCAUGAGCUUCUGUUGUUUUUGCUCUGAGAAGCUCAAAGAAAAGGAAGACAUCUAUAUCUACCAGGGUGACAAAGCCUUCUGCAGCGUGGAGUGCAGGGAGAACUUCAUGGAAGAGGAGAUUGAAGGUGAACCUGCAACUGCAACAGAUCACUCUGAUCCUAGCGGCCCUUCCUUCGACGAUGGGCGCAUUUUCCAACUGAUCCAGUGAAGGAGCAUCAGCAAAGAACUUGAUGUGGUCGCAACUGAAGCGCUGUCUGAGGUUAAUAAGUGCAGCCAUGGAUGUGAUCAUGUUCAUCAAGUUUUUCUCUGAAGAUUUUGUCUGCUGCUGCACUGAUGAAUUUACCCUGAGUAUUGAUUCUCUUUAUUUCCCUUACCUGGAUCCUCGAAUUUUUGGAGGAGCCUGAAUGAUGACUGUGCUUCCGGUCAUAUUAUUAUUUUGAUCGGAAAGGGUGUGUGCGUGUGUUCGAACAUGUGUUCGCUGGAACCUCAUAUUCAACUGGACGUCAUUUUGUUGAUGCCGUUGAUUAUUAUGUCAUGUAUCUGAACCUAAGCUUCUGCUUGUAUUUUUACAAAGCAUGUGGCACAAAAUAAUAUUCAAGUAUACUAACUUGCUCAA